AUGGGCAAGAAGAGAGUUUUGGUUAGCUAUGGCGUCGACAUUGAUGCUGUCGCAGGAUGGCUAGGCUCAUACGGCGGCGAAGACUCGACCAGCGACAUUAGUAGAGGAAUUUUUGCCGGCACAGUCGGCGUUCAACGCCUACUUAAACUGUUCGACAAGUACAAGAUCAAAGCAACAUGGUUCAUUCCCGGCCACACACUCGAGACAUUCCCCGAAGACUGCGCAGCAAUCAGAGACAAAGGUCAUGAAAUUGGACUGCAUGGAUACAGUCAUGAGAAUCCAGCGGAUAUGACGAUUGAUCAGCAACGCGAUGUGCUGGACAAGACGUACAAGAUGUUGACAGAGUUUUGCGGCAAGCCUCCCAAGGGUAGUGUGGCUCCGUGGUGGGAGACCAGCAAGGAAGGAGCCGAGUUGUUGCUUUCGUAUGGUAUUGAGUAUGAUCACUCUAUGAGUCACGAGGAUUGUCAGAUGUACUGGUUGCGCACAGGUGACUCAUGGACCAAGAUCGACUACAGCAAAAAAGCAGAAGAGUGGAUGAAGCCUUUAGUCAAGGGUGAAGAUACAGGCAUUGUCGAGAUUCCCGCCAACUGGUACAUUGACGACCUACCACCAAUGAUGUUCAUCAAGAAAGCAGCAAACAGCCAUGGCUGGGUCAGCGCAAGAGACGUCGAACAACUCUGGAUGGAUCACUUUGACUACUUCUACCGCGAGCACGAUGAGUUUGUGUUCCCCAUGACGAUUCAUCCUGAUGUCAGUGGAAGGCCACAUGUGCUGUUGAUGCACGAGAGGAUUAUUGAACAUAUCAACAAGCAUGAGGGUGUUGAGUGGGUCACAAUGGCUGAGAUGUCGGAUGAGUUCAAGAGCAAGAACUCGCCGCCACCGAGUGCACUGAUGCCCGCGACCAGAGAGGAGGUGGAGGAGAUGCUCAAGAAGCAGAAGAAGUGA